AUGCCAGUUGCUAAUGAAGCUUCCUCAUUCAACGUUUUAUACGCUUUGAACAAGUGUAAUCCAAAGCGACGCCGCUGGAUGAAUGGUUGGCUGUACGUCAACUUCGAUAGGGCAACACUUGUCGAUGGCAUCAGCCGUAAAGCAGUCGGUGUUGUGUCUGGUACUGGACUACUUCCCAAUAAAGUUUUUAAGAUGAUGGUGGAGGCUGACAACGGAGCGGCGUGGGAAAUGGGAACUGAGGUGGUUAUCGGCCAAUAUAUCACGCAAAUUGAGGGUACCACAAGGCUUCAUUUAAUUCCGUACACCCUGUUUAGCGGCGUCGAUUGUAUCGAUGAUAAUGCGGCGGAGGAGGUGAGCAGUGUGGAGCUGGCAGGGUCAUCCAUGACUUCUCGUGUGGUGAAUGUUACUGCAGGAUUCAGCGCAACCAGAGCAGAUGCUCCGCUAUCCAGACGGAAAACAACAGAGCAGCUUAUUUCUGAACUGCGAGGUGCUUACCCGCAAAUUUUCAUAUAA